UCUCAAGCCUGCGGCAUGCACCCACCGCAAUCCCCAUCCACCAUACGCCGAGCUCACUCGUGAGUUCAGCUGACUUGCAGCUAGUCCGAGCGAUGAUUACACACUUGCGGCUGCGAGCCAGCAGCGCUCACCUUCGUGAUUAUCUAGUCGACCGGAUGGCAAUCAAAUGUGACGGGUUGUGGCAGUGAGCCGCCCAGGUGCCUGACAGACUGACACGUAACACAGCUAUAGCUGGCUCACAACGGUCGCGCUCUUCAGAGCUCCAUGUCCAUGUCCGCAUCGCUAUGCAUUUCGAUCUCACUCGAGACGAGGCAUUGGUAGACAGACUCUCAUGCCAGCAAGGCAAACAGAAUCGCACUCGACAGGCAGCAUCACAGACACUUGGAUCCUGGCACAGCUUCAUCAGCGCUCUGGCCCUUCAAAGUCAAGCAGCGAUCAUCGGCCGGUCGAGCUUCCGUGCACUCAGAGCACAGCACACUGCUUUCGAGAUUGCAGACGAGCUGCGUGUUCGCAACUUAAACUUGCUUGAGCGCAUGUUUCAAGCUUGAAGAGCUGGAUCGCAUCGCUAUGCCACUCACUUACCGCUGCUUGGCCAAAUGGAAUCACGCGAUGCCUGGCAUCUGCUAGAGCCAACGUCCUUGCGAGGGGUGACAAGUGACAUAUAUUCGGCUCUUUAAGGAGGAGUAAGAGCUGACAAAGCGUACAAUUUGGCGCUGUGCCAGCGCUAAAGACAAAGGCCUGUCCGUACGGAUGCUUCAU